UUAUAGACCAACUGCGCGUGGAACUCAGCUGCCCAAUUUGCCUCAAGGAGUAAAGCUGUGUAACACCAAAGGUUUUAAAAUGUGGGCACAUGAUUUGUCUCGGCUGCUUGCAGAAACACCAGGAGAAAAGUCAUAGCUUCGGCUCUGUUAAAUGCCCAAUAUGUGGAGUAGAGACAUCAACUACAUGUAGAGUUCCACAUGGAAGUAAAGACUUUCCAGAAAUCUUUCUGGCUCGUCAAAUGUUGGAUUUGAUUAAUGAGAAAUUGAAAUUUUACAUCCAAAAUCCUGAUCUGUACACACAACAGCUCCUUUACCAGAGACAAGUCACAUUGGUACUAUGACAAAUGAGAUAAAGCGACCAAUAGUAGCUCAAGGUACUAACGCCAUACAAAGGCGAUUUAGAAUUGCAGCAGUCAAUACAGAUCAUUGCAAAUAUUGUAAUUCAAAUGUCGGAAAAACUGGAUUGAACAAACAAUGGUGCAACACAUGUUCAACUCCUGUCUGUAAAAAAUGUCAAAUAAUCCUCCAUCAAGGGCAUGACCUUGUACAUGCAAAAAUCUACAAACAAAGCAACAACACAUGCACAAGACACUACCUAGAGAAACUGGAUUUGUAUUGUGAAGACUGCAGAGAAAUCUUAUGUGUUUUUUGUUGUAAGGACAUCACUCAUAGAUUUCAUAGAUUCUCAUGUGCCCAAUAUCAGAAGGCCAAUCACCUGCUUGAUGCAAUAAGUUCCCGUCUCGCUAAAUACGACCAACUCAAGAAAUCAAUGAAAGAUAUGUACCAUGACCUUAAUAAAUUCUGUGAAAUUAUAAUCGAAAAACUCCAUUUAGUGUUGAUUUACCUUUCAACAGAAUAUCUCAAAAUUGAAAAAGAUCCAGCAUUUGAUAGACUCAGAGCCAACCAUAUUUCCCCUGAACUAGAGAUGAUAGCUGCAGACUUCAUAAAUCAUACUCAAAGACUACACCAAAUAAAACCCUGUGUGAGUUUGUGGGAUCUCACACAAGAAAUUAACAAAGCUGUGAAGAAUCUAAAGCAGAAUGAUAUCACAGAGUAUGAAGUAUACAUCAUGAGGAUCUUUGAUAACCUGAAUUUGAAAAGUGUAACAUCUCAAAUAACACCAACUCUAAAAUACAUAGCUGUGUUAAGAAUCCUGUUGCAAACACUUGUCGAUACCCUACAACCAAUCUGUCAUUUUUAUGAACCUUUAGGUCACUUGAGUAGAAAUAUUCAAACUACAAUGCCAUACCUCACUCAAACUCGCACCAGCAUUCAGGGACAAGCAAAGUUUCAAGAAACCAUUCUCAAAAACAUCAUCAAUAUCACUCUUCACGAAACAGCAGAGAGUGAAAUACAUUACCAAGUUAUGAUGCUAGAUGGUUCAAAUGAUGAGGACCUGAACAAUGUACAGCAACAAAACAUUACCAACAAUGAAGCAUUAGUUGACACAGAAAUUAAAUGUGAAUUACUAAAUGUCCCUAAAGCCAACCUGGAAGCUGAAACAAAGACCUUAGAGGAUGAAAUAGUUCGAUUCUGGAAAACAAUGAGGGAUAAAGAUAAGCCAAAAACAAAAGAACCGGAAGGCACAGACUGGAAACUAGAACCAAUACAUAUAUAUAGCCUCACAUUAAGCAUCAUUUUAUUGGCGAUACUGUAUAGUGGGGUAUUUCACCUACAAGAGGUUUGUAUGGGAUUCAUAUUUGGGUUAUGUUACUUGCUUACUAUGCAGGACAUACCCCCACCCACUACACCUCUAUUACAGAUCAGAUAUGAUGAUGAACAUAAGGACAACAAUGCUAGGACAUAGCUAAUCCCAUUGAAAGUUCAUGUACAUGCAUUAAGUCAAGAGGUUGAUACACACAUGAACACAUUUUUGUGAAUAAUAACUGUUAUAACAAUGCAGUAAACUACCUUGUGGUAAUUAAUCAUUAUCUUAGGUAAAUUAAAAUGGAACAGACUGUUGCCAAAAUUACAUCAUGCAAUUUUAAUUUGCCAGCUACAGUUAUAUGUUGAAGAGUACCACUGGUGCAGUAGUUAAUGAGUGUUAUAUGUUGAAUUUGAUGGAAUAAAAUAAAACCAUUACAUGCUGUAUACUCUUAAGUGCACUGUAAAUUACUUGCUCACGAGUUAACCACCUUAAAAAUGCAGUGUCUCUUAGGUUUCUUUCCUGG